AUGGCACCGCCGCAGAAACCCGAAACUUUUAUGCUGUCCAAUGAAGCCCAGCAGAGUCUGCCGCAGGAUGCACAGGUUGCGCUCCAGCAGGUUGACAACUUAAAGUAUUUUUUAAUCUCAGCUCCCGUUGACUGGGCGCCCGACCAGCUCAUCAGGCGCUUUCUUCUACCCACGGGCGACUAUGUCUCGUGCGUGCUCUGGAAUAAUCUCUUCCACAUCUCGGGCACCGACAUCGUUCGAUGUCUCUCUUUUCGCUUCCAGGCCUUCGGCCGUCCGGUCAAGAACACAAAGAAAUUCGAAGAAGGCAUCUUUUCCGAUCUCAGAAACCUCAAAGCCGGCACAGAUGCCUCGCUCGAAGAGCCAAAAAGCCCCUUUCUCGACUUCCUGUACAAAAACAACUGCAUCCGCACCCAGAAGAAGCAAAAGGUCUUCUACUGGUACAGCGUCCCGCAUGACCGCCUCUUCCUCGAUGCCCUGGAACGCGAUCUCAAGAGGGAGAAGAUGGGCCAGGAGGCCACCACUGUCGCUGUCAACGAACCCGCCUUGUCCUUUCAGUUCGAUUCCUCGCAGUCGCUCUACGAGCAACUGACCAAGGCCCAGCAAGCCAACUCCUCGUCGUUCUCCGCCCAUGCGAGUACUGCCUACCACUCAGCCUCUCCCAUGAUCCGCACCACAGACUCCAUGCCCCCACCACAGCUGCCCCCAGCCAUGCCUGUUGUCCCCGAAGAGCCACAUGAUCAAGGUAUCUAUAACUCAGUAGGCCUUGCCGGUGUGACUGCCAACAUGGCCGUGGGCGGUGUCAAGGCUGAGCAGGACUUUGGUCAGAUUCAGUACGACCGUAACGGCAUCCCCGUUUCGCGAGUUCACCAGCGCCACACCUCAAUGCCAACCUACAUGGAGUAUUCGCCCGCUCCGUCCUUCGUCUCGUCGCACUAUGAUGAGUACGGCCCUCGCGGCAUCAGCUUCGAGCCCAUCACCCCCCCGCAGCACUCUGUGCAGCUGGGCUCCGAGCCUGCGUACAUCGCCAACGAGGACACGGGCUUGUACACUGCCAUUCCUGACAUCGGGGCUUCGGCUGCAUUCAACACCAUGAUGCAGCUGCCCCCUUCGAAUUUUGCCCCUCAGUUCUCCACUGGCUCGCGCUCUUUCCCGGCUACCAACGUGUACUCGGUCAUCGAGGGCUCGCCCACUUACAAACAGCGACGGAGACGGUCUUCGAUCCCCCCAGGAAUCACUAAUGCAAUCGCUGCGGCGACCGGAAACGGUCAGACCCAUCCCAACCCCCAUGCGGCAUACCGGCCAAGCGACCUCCAUCACUCCAUGUCGGUUGCAGAGGGCGAUGAGUCCAGCCAGGGCUCACCUCCCGGCCUCACGCACAGCUACAAGCUAGAUGAUACCCAGCGAACGCAGUCGCAUGAAAACUCGCGACUGGGCACUCCCCUGCCAACGUUGGACGAAACCCAGGCCGAAGACCAUAUUUCGCUCAUUGGUUCUCAGAACGAGAUGCCAAUGCUGACCAGUGGCGAUGCGCUUGAGAGCUCCGGCGCUAAUAACCGAUCAAACCCCCCUGGGCCUGUGCGACGGGCUAGGAGCGCGACGAUGAUGGAACUGGGCCCGUACCCGCAGAAAUCUCACUCGUGCCCGAUUCCUUCCUGUGGGCGACUCUUUAAGCGCUUAGAGCAUCUAAAACGGCAUGUGAGAACUCAUACUCAAGAACGGCCCUAUCCAUGCCCUUACUGUAACCGAGCAUUCUCGCGUUCAGAUAACCUUGCACAACACCGUCGCACGCACGGCGCUCAGCCCGGCCAGCCGCAACCAACUCCCUCUAACGAGGAAGAUCGCGACCAGCACGACCCUGAGCCCGACCAUACCGAUCAUGAGCAAGGUGUCCCUGAACCAACUUAUAUGCCUACCACGGUGAAUAUGGCUACUGUGACCAUGCCCUCUACCAUGUCCAUUCCCAACUUACCCUCGAUGGUUGCCCCUCAAAUGAUUAGCCCCCAGCUUCUUCAACAACAUAUUUGA